UCAGGUGGCUAAAACUCGAAUCAGAAGGACCAUGAAAGUUGAUGCAGAUAUGGUGAGUGCUGAAUCUCAAUUGUUGAUGGCAAAAGCAUGCGAGGUUUUAAUUCAAGAGCUCACAUAUCGUGCUUGGUUUAAUACUAAAGAGAGAAAUAGGAUUACUAUGAAGCCUAUUGAUAUUGCCAAGGUCAUUAUGGAAACUAAUCCCUUUGAUGAUUUUUUCAUGGGUGUUGUUACUCAAUAUUGUGCCUCUGAUGUCAAGCCGCAGGUAGAGAAUAUGGAAAAUCUUACCGUUGCAAACCAACAGGAAAAUAAGACUGUGCAGCCUACUGAUAUCCCCAAGGCCAUUAUUGAAAAUGGCAAUGAACUAGACUAUGAAAAUGUAGAAAAGUUUCUCUAUGGAGACCAAGCUUUCUUUCCUCCUGGUGCAGAUUUUAUGGAAAAAGAUCAAAUGGAAACAGACCAAGGGUUUGUACAACCCUUCAUGAUGCAACCACCAUUUAUGCCUUUAGAUCAAUUUCCAUUCAAUUAUCAGCCAAAGUGAAUGUAUGGAUGUAGUUGUUGAGGCUGUGAAGUGUGAAUGAAAUCAAUGAUUGGAACUCCUUCCAGAACUGGAGUAUCAAAUGUCCUAAUUCCUCCUUUAAUUUUCUUUAUUUUCUUUAAGC